GCGAGUUCGACCGUGUUUUGUGACAGUGGCAGAGUGACCGUCACGCUGUGUGUUGUACGCGCGAUACGAGAGACCUCGACGUCGAUUUUCCGGAACAAGAGCCGCUUCAUCCCGGAUCCUUCGAGAGCUAAAGGAUUCUUUUUUCUGCCAAGCGAUCGCGAUCCACGUGAACGACAACAACAUGGUUGAGAACGGCAUGACCCUGGAUCGAAAGAAAUCGGAGAAUAAGAGACCCGAGGUUUUCAACGUCGAGGUCCCACCUCCAAAAGGUUUGAUGGGAAAACGUCACAUAGUGACAUUCAUGAUAUUCCUUGGUAUGGCAAAUGCCUACAUAAUGAGAACCAACAUGUCCGUGGCUAUCGUCGCGAUGGUCAAUCAUACAGCCAACCAGGAUAGUAGCGAGAAAGUAAAGGAAGCCAUAAAUGAGUGCGGAAAUCUCAUCACUAAUGAAACCAAAGCUAGCCAACUAAACGCCGAUGGACCCUUUUUGUGGAAUAAUAAAGAGCAAGGCUAUCUCUUGAGCUCAUUCUUCUGGGGCUAUGUUAUUACGCAGAUACCAUUCGGUAUACUUGCCAAGCGUUAUGGCGCCAAAUACUUCCUUGGGGUUGGCAUGCUGAUCAAUUCGGUUUUCGGGUUGCUGGUCCCCGCGUCCGCACACUGGGGAUAUUGGUGGUUGAUGACCAUUCGCUUUAUCCAAGGUUUAGGAGAGGGUCCUAUUGUGCCUUGCACGCACGCACUGCUGGCGAAGUGGAUACCGCCUAACGAACGGAGCAGGAUGGGUGCCUUCGUCUAUGCUGGUGCACAGUUUGGUACAGUAAUUUCCAUGCCGUUGAGUGGUCUAUUGGCUGACUGGCAAUUAGUAGGCGGUUGGCCAUCAAUUUUCUAUGUAUUCGGUGCUAUCGGUACCAUCUGGUGCAUUGCGUUUCUUUUAUGGGUCUAUGAGGAUCCUGAGAAACAUCCAUCCAUCUCGGAAGACGAAAAGAAAUAUAUACUCAGUUCUCUUUGGGGUAGCGCCGGCAUAUCUUCUUCGCCUGCCGUGCCAUGGAAGUCCAUUGCAACUUCACUUCCAUUCUGGGCUAUUUUGAUGGCACACAUGGGUCAAAAUUACGGAUAUGAAACGCUGAUGACCCAACUGCCGACGUUUAUGAAGCAGAUUCUUCAUUUCAGCAUUAAAAGUAAUGGUGCUUUUUCUGCACUUCCAUACCUCGCUAUGUGGCUCUUCUCUAUGUUUAUUUCACAUGUCGCCGAUUGGAUGAUCUCCUCAGGAAAAUCCUCUCAUACAGUGACGCGUAAGAUCAUCAAUAGUAUCGGUCAAUAUGCGCCGGCCGUGGCACUGAUUGCUGCCUCAUACACCGGCUGCAAUCCCUCGAUGACCAUAGCCAUCAUCACAAUAGGAGUCGGUCUGAAUGGCGCUAUUUAUUCCGGCUUUAAAGUUAAUCAUCUCGAUAUCUCCCCAAGAUUUGCCGGACUUUUAAUGUCCUUUACUAAUUGUAUUGCUAAUCUCGCUGGGCUUCUCGCGCCAAUCACUGUUGGAGAAAUCAUCGAUGAUUCGCCAACGCAAGCAAAAUGGAGGAUUGUAUUCAUGAUUUGUGCUGGUAUUUACAUAAUAUGCGCAACAUUCUAUGUAGUUUUCGGUUCUGGACAGAGGCAAGCAUGGGAUAAUCCAGAUAAAGAUGAAAGAAGUGAAAAAAGGCAGCUAGAUGGGGUGCAAGUCGUUGAAACUCAACAUUGACAAGUAAAUAUUUUAUCGAUAAGAUACUGUGGAUAUGAAAGAAAAUCACUAUUGAUGUGUCCAUCUGGCCGUUUUUGCCUGCGUACAUUCAUUCCCUCCCUAAUAUUUAACAAUUCAAAACGAUUGUACAUUAAGAUAAAAUAUUUAAGUUAAUUUCAAAAUUAUUCUUUCUUUUUUACUAUAAAAAGAUAUAAAAUUUUUCACAAUAGGGAUUAUCACAAUCAUAUUGUAGAUUUUCAUACUUUUGUACGCGAUUGCAAAAGUUAUAUAUCAAUUGUUGUAGUGUUGUAGAAUGUAUGUUUCAUGUGAAGGACGAUUUAUAUGCGUGUGAGAAUGAGAGAAAGAGAGAGAGAGAGAGAUAUAUAUUAUAUAUAUAUAUACUCACAACUAAGCUAUUAUAAGCUUAAUUCAUUUGUCAUUUAAUACAUUUUAUGAUUUAUUAUUUUUUACAUAAUUUCGGGGAUUAUGUAGAAAAAGUCGCACUUUAAGGUUUGGCAUAUUAAAGGAAGAACAGUAGAAAAAAAAUAAUUCUUAAAAAAAUAAGAAAGAAAGUGGAAACUAUUGCUUGUAGAUACGCGAACUUUCAUAUACUUACCUGAAAGGAAAUAUCAUGACAAGAGCAUCAACACAGAUAUGUUGCAAAAAUUCAUAAGAAAUUAUUUCUUUAAAUUAAUUUACUAUGAAAUUAUAUACAUGGAUGUUUAAGUCGAAUUCAAUAUUGCUUUAAUUAUGUAAGUGAAAGCGAAAGAAACAUUAAGCUCUGACAGCAUGACAUCAAAUUUGUUUGCAAUAUAUUUAGUAAUACUUUAGUAAUACUUUAGUAAUACUGUAAUAUUAUGAUAGAACACUGAAAUUCACAUUUCAUAUUUUAAAACACAAAUUUUGAUUUGCAUAGUAAACAUUUUGUUAAUUUAUCAGACAUCUCUUUGUUAGCUUCACGUUUCAAACAAAAUUUAUCAAUCUUCGUCUUCCAUUCUGUAAUAAUAACGCACACUUUAAUAUUAUAAAGCGCAUUGAAAUUUGCAUAUGAAAUAAAUUUAAAUAAAUUUAUUACAAAUCAUGCAAAAGAAAAAUCUAUCGUAGUAUUUCUCUUUUGUUACGCUUAUCUUCAAGUUAAAUAGUUUGUAAUCUGACAAACUUGUGGUAGCAGUAUUAGAGCGAAGAUCCCCCUUUAUUGUUCAUCCGUUUUUGUUACAUCAUUACUUUUUAUUACAAUUACAGCCAUUUUGUAUUGUGCGUGUGGCCUGAAUGAAAAAAGUAUGAAAGGAAAGUUCCCAUCUUCGUCUGGGAGAUUCUCGAAUCUAGUUGCGCUGCGAUCAGCACAGUAUGUCUAUAAUAUAAUAAUGGUUAUACAUAUUGUAGAUAUUUGCGCAUUGUGCGCAUAAGUCUUAUAUAUAUAUGCAUAAGAUAUAAAUAUUAGAUGAGUUAUAAUAUAGUGUAGAUAUUUAUAUAGCGUUUAUGAAAGACGGAAAAAAGAUCAUUAAUCAUUUCUCGAUUAUCAAGAAAUAGAUGUUAAACAAAAUGAUUCUGCUUGUACAGUGGAAUGCAUUUUUUUGUGUAUAAUCGAUAAGUCUCUCUUUUUUCUAUAAUCAACUUUGACGAUGAUUGUAAAUUUCGUCUUGUACAAUUUUGGAUAUAUCGAAGAUAUAUUUGUUGUAAUUGGCAUUAUUGUUGAUGACUUGUCGAUGAAAUACGUAAUCGCGCAAAACGAAUUCCUUUAAGCUUAACAAACUUUGUUCUAUAUUCUAUAAGUUUUUAAGUUUUGUGAGAAAAAGAAUAAGAAAAAUGCUCUUACACAUUAUAUUCGAAAUUCUGAAAUUGAUUUACCUCAAAAUUAAAAACAUUAAAGCAUAUUUAUGUUAGAAACAUUUAUCUUGCGACGUUAUUUUAUAUAAACUUUACGUAAAAGCGUUGGAAAUAAAUUUAAAUAGCAAUGCAUGUUAGUUGCAAAUAGAGGGAAUAGUAAUCUAAUGUAAGUAGCCUCUGUGAUUGUUAUAUUUAAAAAGUGCCUUCAACAAUUGCGUUUUCUUUUUCAUGCAUAAUGUAUUAUUAAUUAAGAGACUUUUCGGACAGAAAAUAUAUCAAAAUACUUGUGAAAAUUAUUCAAAUAUGUUAUGCGUAUGAAAAUCUUUAUGUAAGAGCUUGAACAAUUGUAAAUUACUUUAUUAUAUUUUCGACAUGGCGAUAAAUAAUUCAUUAUAAUUGUAAAUCAAUUCGAAGAAAUAGAUACAUCAGAAGAUGCAUACAAUGAUAAAAAGUUACCUAACAUAAUAAAAUCAUUCAAUACACAAAAUUUUGCAAAUCUAUAUUUUUAUACAAAUAUUUAUACAUAAUGUACAUAAUAUGCGAUCUUCUAGCGAUGUUACAACAUUAAAAAUAUUUUUAUUGUUGGGAUUGUAAGAAAAUAUAUAUAUAUAUGUGAUAAUAGAACUGCAAGAGUAAAUAAAGUAACGUCUAAGAUACAGCCGUAAUAAACUGCUGUUUUGGCUAUUUAUAUAUUA